CAUUCCAAUUCUCUCACAAUUUUUCUUCUAGCUAGCUAACUAGAAUACCAAAAACCAUCCAUCCAACCAACCAACCAACCAACCAAAGCUACACAAUGAGUGACAUGGAAAUCAACGCGCCUGAGCACUUUGUCUGCCCCAUCUCCAUGGUUGUCAUGAGCCACCCCGUCAAGACCGAAAACGGACACGUCUUUGAACGCAGUGCCAUUAUGGAAUGGAUCUACUUUGGAAAGGCCACCUGCCCCUUGUCCAGAGAGCCUCUUCAUCCUUCCAAGAUUGUUCCAGAUGCCGAAUUGGAAGAAGAAAUCAAGCAAUGGCGCCUGGAAAACAAUAUUCCUGCCCCCACCGAGACCAGCGACGAUGACGACAAACCCAUCAUCAUCAAGCCACGAAAAAUGGUGGUCGAACGUGCUAACAGCGACCCAAACAUGAGCCACAUCAUGAGCCUUCGAGAAAAGAUUCUCAAGAACCGAGACCAAAGAGUGGCCUCUUUGAGGCAACUGAAUGCCUGAGCAGCCAUCUCUGCCCACCAAACCUUGGAACGAAUGUACAAUACUCUCAUACACCUAGAAUACUAAAUUGAACCAUUAUGUAACACUACAACACUUAUCCUCGC